AUGUCGUAUCCAUUUCGAUCAUGGGAUGUUGAUCCAGAACAGGAAGAAUUAGGUCAAUAUUUCGAAAAUGAUCCAAGUAGAAUAUUAGAAGAAAAUUUUAGAGCUGAUUUACCGGACUUUGCUACAGACGAAAGAGACUCAGAAUCAUUAGAUUUAAAACGUAAGUAUGACAAACAAAAUUUGUUUAAUGUUAAAUGCACCUAA